AUGGAGCAUGUUGUUCAAACACUGGCGUUUGUUCCUACGCCCCCUCGAGUUGCGGGGCUGACGUCUGCAUUUCCAACUGCGACGCAAAAGCUCCUUGUGGCCAAUACGCUAACCCCGAUAACGCAACGCGGCAGCACUGAUGACUUCUGUGGCACUGGUUGUCAGGAGGGGUUUGGCGGCUGUGGACCAGCUCCAACUCCUUCUUGCUCCAGUGGUAGCAACGCUGCGGCUGGGCGGCGCAUCGGGUACUACGAGAGCUGGGCGACGGAGCGUCCAUGUGAUGUGUUUACACCUGAAGACCUCGAGCUGACGGGUCUGACGCACAUCAAUUUUGCUUUCUCAUACUUCGACCCAUCUACUUUCCAGAUCUCGCCCAUGGACGGAAAUUCGGCCACCCUUUAUUCGCGCUUCACAGCACUCAAGGCAAAACAGCCAGGACUGCAGACGUGGCUAUCAGUCGGCGGCUGGUCUUUCAAUGAUGCAACGAAUACGCCAAACACGCAGAAUGCUUUCAGUAACAUGGUCAGCUCUCCGGCAAAUCGCCAAGCCUUCAUCACUUCACUGCGCAAUUUCAUGCAGACAUACGGCUUUGACGGCGUGGACAUUGACUGGGAAUACCCUGCCGCCGACGACCGAGGCGGUGUCCCAGCCGAUUUCUCCAACUUCCCAACCUUCCUCGCUGAAUUGAGGGCCUCGUUCGGUAGCGGAUUGGGAAUCAGCGCUACACUUCCAUCCUCAUACUGGUAUCUGCAGCAUUUUGACGUUCUUGACAUGGAGCGUAGCGUCGACUGGUUCAACUUCAUGAGCUACGACAUCCAUGGCGUCUGGGACUCGACCGACAAGUUCACGGGGCCUUACAUCCGCCCGCACACCAAUCUCACUGAAAUCAACGACGGCUUGUCCCUGCUGUGGAGGGCCGGAGUCGACCCAUCCAAGGUUGUGCUUGGGCUGGGGUGGUACGGGCGUUCCUUUACGCUCGCUGAUCCGUCUUGCACCACGCCUAACGGCGUAUGCCAGUUCACCACCGGCGGUACUGCGGGAGAGUGCACAAGGUCAUCCGGGACGCUUUCCAACGCCGAGAUCAAACGUCUUCUAGCGGCCGGAACGGGAACCGAAUCAUAUGAUGCCACUGCAGGGGUCCGCUGGCUUACCUUUAAUACGAACCAGUGGGUAAGCUUCGAUGAUGGAGUGACAAUGCAGCAGAAGCUGGCCUUCGCUAAUAGCCUGUGCCUUGGGGGUAUCAUGAUUUGGUCGAUCGAUCAGGACAACACAGCUGGCGAUAGUAUGAACGACUUGAUGGGCAUCGGUACAGCAAACGGGGUGUCAGAGGCAGCUGCCGCUUCAUUCAAGGAGCAGAUGGCCAAUGCUACGCUGCAGAACGCUAUUGCGUCGAGCUGCUACUGGUCACUAUGCGGAGGGACCUGUACGACCGGGUAUUUCGAUGUAACUGAAGCCCGCGGCCAAGUUGCUGGCUUCCAGCAGAACUCCGUAUGCGCUCCAGGUGAAUUCCAGACACUAUGUUGCGCCCCGGGAACCACGAUGGGCACCUGCCAAUGGGAGGGUUUCAGGGGCGUGGGAAUGCCUUGCUCACCGGCAUGCUCUGACCCCAAGGCCACCAUUGUCGCCCGUAAUAGCAACUCGUACGAGAUGAACGAUGGGGGGCAGAUUGAAGACCUGACCUGUACUGGUGGCUUUCAAGCAUAUUGCUGCACGGGAUUUGUCCCUUCGUCGAUCACCAAUUCAGGCAACCUCUUGCUCUAUGGCCAGACUCCUGUGCUCAGCAAGCGAGACGGUUCUAAUCAUGGCCUCAGUCUCUAUGUACGCGACCACGCGGUUGAAAAGCGUGCUUUCCCUGGCUUGCUACUCUCCGGAUUGGGCGCUCUCUGCCUCGCUGACGCCAUCCCGGCGGCCCUUUUAGCACCGCUCACUUUCGGCCUAUCCCUUGCUGCGGAGGGGGCAAUAUGCGCUGUUGCGACCGUUGCCGCCGUCGCUACUGCGGCCAUCAUCGGUUUUGCAAUUCUUUCCAGCAUACUUGGGUGGAUUUUCGGCGGAUCCCCAUCUAAACCCAACGUUGGCGUCCCAACGACAAUUGCGGGCCGAGCUUCGUAUGGCCAGUGGCCGAUUCUCGACUUUAACAGCGGCGCCACGUCGACUAGCUGCGAUUGUGAGGUCACAUAUACGUGCCGCUAUAACAUGGGUUGGGAUGAGAUUUGUGAUAACCAAAGGUGGGGGAUAAACGAGCUGCUCAACGGACAGACUGUCUAUCAUCCAUUGGCAAGGGGCCGCGCUGGCAACCGUCUGUAUUCACAGUGGAGAAACCAGCGCAGGGACUCAUACCGAACCCGGGCCCAAGUACUGAUCCCAGGCGAAGGAUACCGAUGUCAAGUCGAUGAGUUUCCUAUGGGCAACCUCUUGGAAUCAGGAAAUCUUGCCCCGCAGGUUUGCCGUCUAGUCAACGGCCCUGCGAAUGGGAGACAGGGAAAUGAUUACUCGGCUUGGAAGGAGGCGCAAUGGAAUCCUUGCUCGACGUACCGCUCUACCAAGUGCAACAUUAAUGACGGUGGGCCGCCUGCAACCUGGGCGUUUGGGCCGCUGCCCGGGAGUCGCGGUACUGGCAGUGGAAAACACUUCAUAGAUGCUUAUGGUUUCGACGAGCAAACGGCCAACUCCCUUUGCUGGGCUACAUACACUUACACCGUGCAGCCCGGAACUAUCAGCACCUCCACGCCUGUUGACCAUGGCUUCCGCGUUCUUGACGAUGAUCCCAUGUACGGUAAUGCCUAUGGGUGGCCUCGGCAGUCCUGGCGCAUCGAUCCAGCCCCGGUAGCGAACGCUUUGGACCGGCCUUAUGACUCCCAACCGACAAUAUUCCAAAGAGGCCUUCUCACCAACGACACAUCGCCUGAGAAGCAUAGCGACCCCGCUGGCGUCUGCCAUGCUGACCUCAGAUCACUUGGCAAUGGCAAAAAGGAUGCUUAUCUCGACCUUGAUUAUGAUAAUCUUCUCUUUGUCGAUCUGGAUGGCAAACCUGUCGACGGUCGGACAUGCAACAUCAUCUACGAGGACGACGACCCGCACUCCGAAGUGCGUAUCGUACUUGACGAGAAGGGCAAGGUCGUGGACAUGUAUGUGGGCGACCCAGAUGCUGGCUUGUGGACUAGGGAGGCGCUUAAAAAUUCCAAUUCGGACAAUGUGACUGUUGAUCCCACCACCGUCACUGUCACGACGGGUGUUCCGGCGGGCAGCGAGUCCCGACCCACGUUCCCUGCGAGUACGACUGGGCCCCAGACGAGAUCGGGAAGCGUAGUGACACCCGCGCCGUUUGCGUACCGUCAUUGA